UUCACCUGUAGAGUACAAACAAAUAAUAGCACCACUGUUCACAUCUUCAAACCCUUUAUAUACAAAGCUCAGCGCAAAUUAUUGAAGUAUUCAUACUUCUCUUCUUCAAUCCUCUCUUCUAAUGGCUCAGCAGAAGGUGGUGUUGAAGGUAUUGACCAUGACUGAUGUAAAGACAAAGCAGAAAGCUAUAGAAGCUGCUGCUGAUAUUUAUGGAGUUGAUUCCAUAGCAGCAGAUCUAAAAGAUCAGAAGCUAACAGUGAUAGGUCAGAUGGAUACCGUGGCAGUGGUGAGAAGGCUGAAGAAAGUAGCGAAAGUGGACAUAAUCUCAGUUGGACCUGCAAAAGAAGAGAAGAAAGAAGUGAAAAAAGAGGAGAAGAAAGAAGAAAAGAAGGGAGAAAAGAAAGAGGAGAAGAAGUAAUUAACUAAACCAGGAAUAUUCCAUUCCCUUUCUUCUUCUUCUUGUUUUCUAUUUUUCUUUUUUCUCUUAAUUUAUAAGCUUAAUUAUUACAAGCUAAAUCAUACUGUAAUAAGUUUUUAAGAGAAGUUUUGCCCAUGAAAAAACCCUAUUUUCUCUAUCUUUUCUGUUUUGUUCCAAAACAGUCAAAAAAACAUGGUAGAAGCCGAGCAGAAAGGGUUUUUUUUUUUUUUCUCUCUGUAUGUCCCUAUUGUUUUAGCAUUUUGUAUUAUGCUAGCCCGAAUCAAUUUUUGGCUUCUCUUCGAUAUUAAUUAGUAAUGUUGAGUGUAAUUUGGGCAUCUUAGAGAUGUAACUUAUGCAAAUGGGUUAUGGAUGUAAGUGUCCAGAUGAUGA